AACUCUUGGACAUGUUGGCAGAUGCAGGUCCAAUAGGUGUGUGUAAUUUCCGCCAUCUAUUACCCACUAUGCAAGAUGCUGCAUAUGGUGCCCAUAGCGAAGAGAGCGUGACACAAACAACAACACGAAGCAUAGUAUAUUGUGUUGGUGAUCUUGAACUUUAGUUUUGCUCAACUCUCACACUGUCUUUGCCAGACGGCAUGGAUGAUGCUGAAUCGCUGAUCAUCAAGGACGACGGCUUCUGAGUGCUUUCAUCCUUUGGCCUCUGAAUGUAUUGGCUAGCUGCUUUGUUUUCUCAAAAUGGUCAACGAAACAAGUGUUCCUUUCAUAGUCGGACAUGGCUGUUGUGUCCGACUUUCCCUUGUUGUUGCACCACAUUCCUUUCAUGCAAUAUGCCAAGUCCGUGUCGUGCCCGGACAGCCCGUCGGUAGACGUCGUGUGCGGAGACCGGCCGGUACCCUCGACGUUGAUUGCCUGUUGCACAAUGUCAGCACCCGGCCGGUUAGUGGUUGUUGGAUGGGGCGGGAUCACAGAUGUCUUCCUCGGAUAUACCCCGCCAUAUCAUAACGUCAUCCGUCUAAACCCCACCAUUUAUAAGCCGCCGCUUUCAACGUCUUCCGUUCUAAUCAACGGCGUUUAUGUGUCUAUUAACAGCGUGUUUUAUAUCGGUUUUUAUUUUCCUGCCACUCACCAAUUCAGUCACUCAUCGAAACGCUCAGCCUGAAAUUCUGACAAAAUGCCUGAUCUCAUGAAAGCAGUCGACAUCAAAAACGGCAAAGGCCCCGCCUCAGCCAUCUUCAUCAACCCCUCCACCCCCAUCCCCCAUCCCCCAGCAGGCCACGCCCUCGUCAGAAUCAAGGCCUUUGGCCUCAACCGUAUGGAUCUCCUCCAAAGAGAAGGGAACUACCCCCUCCCUCCCCAGGCACCGUCCACCCUAGGAGUAGAAUUCAGCGGCACGAUCGUCUCUUUCGGUGGAGACGAGCCAAACCAGGAACACGAGCACUUCAAGAAGGGAGACGAGGUCUUCGGUUUGGCUUAUGGUGGGGCGUAUGCGGAGUACAUCUCUGUCUCUACCCGGAUGCUCUUGCAUAAACCGAACUGGUUGUCGUUUGAGCAGGCGGCUGGGAUACCAGAGACGUGGAUUACCGCGCUUCAAGCGUUGGAUUUUGUGCUGGGGGGUGCGGAGGGGAAGACGAUACUGUGGCAUGCUGGGGCGAGCUCGGUGUCGAUUUCGGGGAUACAGCUGUCGAGAGUGUCGGGGGCGAGGGAGAUAUAUGCUACGGCUGGGACGGGGGAGAAGAUCAAGUUCAUUGUGGGGACGUUGGGGGCGACGAAGGGGUUUAAUUACAAGAGCGAGGAUUGGGUGAAGGGGGUUUUGGAGGCUACGGGUGGGAAGGGGGUGGAUCUUAUUGUUGAUUUUGUUGGGGGGAGUUACUUUGAGAAGAAUCUGGAUGUGGUGGCGAGGGAUGGGAGGCUUGUGAUGCUGGGGCUGAUGGGGGGCAUGCAGACGCCGGAUAGGGUUAAUAUUGGGAAGCUGUUGUAUAAGAGGGUGAGGGUGGAGGGGAGUACGUUGAGGAGUAGGGAUGAGGAGUAUCAGGGGAAGCUGAGGGAUAGGUUGGAGCAGGAGUAUCUUCCAAAGUUUGAGAAGGGUGAGCUGAAGGUGUUUGUUGAUAGGGUUUUGCCUUGGGAGGAGAUUCAGAAGGGACAUGAGGUGUUGGAGGGGAAUGAGACCAUGGGGAAGGUCAUUUGCACAAUCUCAUAAGCAUGAGAGAAUCUUUACGGAGCCCCCUAUUUGUCUUACUAGCGGCCCCCCUCCCUAUCUACCGAUUUACUCACCUUCCCUGUAACAUAGUAGAAGGCCUGGCCAUGUAGUUUGAACCCCACAUAGCAGGACAGCCUUAAACCCUGCUCUGUUGGAGGAGGGACUUUAUUUAGUUCGGUGGGGGAAAGGCUAACUAAGGAUAUUGAUGGGAUUGGAGGUCCGUUGGAAUCUCUACUUACAGGACUUACGCCCUCUGUUGCAAAUCGGGAAGCCUACCUUGGCUUAGAAUGGUAUGGGGAGCUGUAUCAAUUUGUGGCCAGUGGUAAGGUAGAGGACCUGUUGGAUCGAUAUACCCUCUAGAAACGAGAUUCUCUACUACAAGAUUGGGUCGAUAGGCAUGUUGAUCUCCGCCUCAGGGAUGGGACGAGAUACCUUACUCACCAGCCCCAAGCUCCUCAUAUUCACCAUACAUCUCCUGCACCAAUACCUCAGCCUCACUAACGCUUGCUUGCGCUCGAAUUUCCAUUUGCUCGCC